UUUAAUCAGUUGCCGCCGCUCAGUGGGGGGGGGGGCGGGGAAGAGGUGUCUCGCUACCGACGUCAUGUCAUCUCCCCGCCGCGCGAUUUAAUCGUUACGUCACGAUAUACCAGGACGUUACCGCUCUGCUCGCCUCUCACUGAGAUCCGAGGAGGAGACGAAAUCGAUUUGGUGGUGGAUUUACUGGUAAAGCCCUUUUCGAGAAGGACCUUUCAAGAAAAGCUGGAAUGUGUGAGGAAGGGUCAACCAAUCCCGCAGCUAGCAGCCCUGUCCCAGCCAGAGAAAGGAUUUGUGCGGCACUUUCAAUCGACCAACAACGAAAGAAUUGGUCUAAUGGAGCAAAGGCACUCAAAGUUGAGUAAAAAAAUACACCAGUGCGACCAGUGUCCUUACACCACGGAUCAAACUGGAAACUUGAAGCAACACCAGAGAAGACACACAGGAGAGAAACCUUUUAAGUGCACUGCGUGUGAGAAAGCAUUUGCAUACUUAUCAGUUUUUCAAAACCACCAGAGAACACAUACAGGAGAGAAACCCUUCAAGUGCACUCUGUGCGGGAAGGCAUUUGCACAGUUAUCACACCUUCAAAACCACCAUAAAACACACACGGGUGACAAGCCAUUCAAGUGCACUGUGUGCAGGAAGACAUUUGCUCAUUUACCAACUCUUCAGACCCACCAGAGAACUCACACAGGUGAGAAACCAUUCAAAUGUACUGUGUGUGAGAAGGCAUUUGGGCAGCCAUCACAUCUUCAGAGCCACCGGAGAACACACACAGGAGAGAAACCCUUCAAGUGCACUGUGUGCGGGAAGGCAUUUGCACAGUUAUCACACCUUAAAAACCACCAUAAAACACACAUAGGUGACAAGCCAUUCAAGUGCACUGUAUGCAGGAAGACAUUUGCUCAUUUACCAACUCUUCAGAACCACCAGAUAACUCACACGGGCGAGAAAUCAUUCAAGUGUACUGUGUGUGAGAAGGGUUUUCAACAGUUAUCACAUCGAAACAGGCAUCAAAAGAUGCACAAGGAAAUGAAUGUGAAAUCGGCUUGUGAAAGUCAAAGUGCUGCAAUGAGCCCAUCCCUCAUGAAAAAAGAACCAGAAGAAAAACCCAGUUUAAACGCUUUGAAAGGAAUCAAGGUGACAUAUAAAGAGGUGAAGGUGAAAUGUGACGUGAUGGUGAAGAGCGAAGUAGUGACGGUGAAAUGUGAAGAUGAAGAUUCAACUCCAAUAUCGGACCCUCGCAUUGAUGGAGACAAUGUAAAGCAGGAGAAGAAUUCUGACUCGGAGGCAGAUCGAGACAACUCCCAGCAGUUUGUGGAUGUGGAGGUGUGGGUGGACUUCGUAGACAAUACAGAGUCACAUGGAGUCUCAGUAGAAGUGUAAGCUUGAAACGAUGAAGCUCUAUUGCUUUUGUUCCAGGCCGUUGUUGUAUUCUAACCUAUAAAAGGCAUUUUUGUCUGUCUGUCUGCCCCUCUGUCUGCGUACGCUCGCUUGCGGGGGAUUUGGCUCUCGGACCGUGGGGUUGACGCCGAAAAAAAAUUGCUGGGCGGUACGCCCCGAGCCCCGCAGUGGAAAUAGGCUAUUCCGUUUUCCCAUCCCUAAACUUUAAAGUAGUUGAAAUUGCGUUUUUGUGCAAUAUCUCUAUUUAUUUAUUUACUUUUGCCGCUCAAGCUGCCGGGGGUUGCCCCUGGCAACGCACGCGCGUCAUUGCUGGAGGGUAGGGGGAUUUCUCCUUCGCGUUCAAAAUGCCAAAAAAAUACACGCAACACUGAGGUAAAUUCAUCAAAGUGUCACGUCCUCUUCCCCCCCACCCCAAUGUGUGCACUUACUACUAUAGCGUCGGUAGAUACUAAAAUUAUCGUGUUUAGACAGGAUUAUUGUAGCGUGGGGGGGAGGUGGUUAGCGGCCCAGCCCCCAGCCUCGGCCGGCUGGGCAAUCUAGGCGAGACCGGGGGCUCUGCGCGGGACUAGGCCUCAUCACGGCCUCUCUGCCAGGUGAGUACUUUGUGCUAUAGAGUCGAUAUAUAAUGCUACUAGCGGCAAAUACCCAGCGUUGCCCGGGGGAAAAUAUAUUUAAAAACUUCUAAAAACUUACAAACAUAACAUACAAAUUAAAAGAAAACUCAUUAAAAAAAAUUAAAAACCUAGCGCACCACUAAUCGAUUAUUAAAAUCGCGCAAAGGAAUCGAAGGUUGUAGAUUACUUUAGAAUCGUCUUGAAGCGACGACACGCAAUGGAAACAUCCUAGAUAAACGAGCAAAUCUUAAAAAAAGUAUUACAAUGUGUGCUCAAAU